CUUUGCUUUUCUCCUUCUAAAGACUCAAUAUCUUACUUGUGUGUUAGUUCACAAACGUUCUUGAUACAAUUAUACUACUUGGGCAUUAGCAGAUAAUUUUAUUACAUCAUGAAUCAAGAUAUGGCCUUAGAACAGCUUGACACUACCUUUAACAAACACGAUACUCCAUUAGGGAAAUGGAAGUCAAUGAACGAUGAAGUUGAAGAGAAUAUUUCUGGUGGCUUCGACUGUAACAUAUGCCUGGAUUGUGUGCACGAACCUGUGAUAACUUUAUGCGGUCAUCUUUACUGCUGGCCUUGCAUUUACAAAUGGAUUUAUUUCCAGAGUGUUUCUUCAGAAAAUUCGGAUCAGCAACAACCGCAAUGCCCUGUUUGCAAGGCUGAAGUCUCAGAAAAAACCUUGAUUCCACUCUAUGGACGCGGUGGUCAAUCUACAAAACCAUCCGAAGGAAAGGCUCCGAAUCUUGGCAUAGUGAUCCCACAAAGGCCCCCUAGUCCAAGGUGUGGUGGUCACUUCUUGUUACCAACUACUGAUUCAAAUCCAUCCCAGCUACUUCAACGACGAGGUUAUCAACAGCAGUCUCAAACACGUCAACCGGCUUAUCAGGGUAGCUACAUGUCUUCGCCCAUGCUCAGCCCUGGUGGUGCGACUGCGAAUAUGUUACAACACUCCAUGAUUGGAGAAGUAGCCUAUGCAAGAAUUUUUGGCAACUCAUCAACAACUAUGUAUACAUAUCCAAACUCUUAUAAUCUAGCAAUCAGCAGUAGCCCAAGAAUGAGAAGGCAAUUAUCACAGGCUGAUAGAUCACUUGGCAGAAUAUGUUUUUUCCUAUUUUGUUGCUUUGUCACAUGUCUAAUCUUGUUUUGAACACUUUUUUCCUCCUGUCUUUUGCUUGUACUUUGUACAAAAAGAUUUGGUGUUGUAGUCUCAGUAAAAAAAAAAGGGCAGCCUGGUGCAUCUAAACUCCUGCUAUCUAUGUGCAGGGUUUCGGAAAGGGCUGGACAACAACGGUACGUUAUAGUCCCUUAUAGUAGAUAAGAAAAUGUACAACAGCCUCGGCUAAAUGUGUAACAAAUCAUAGAAGCUUUUGCCUCUUUGAUUGUUGCUAAACACUCUUGGAAUUAGAGUGCUUUCAUUGAACCCUUUUUUGAUAUUAUAAUCUAAGAAAUGAGGUUUGAAGUUCUAUCCAUUAUGGUGCAUAGAGACUCAUACUAUGUUAUGUAACAAUCAAUUUGAUAUGGUCGCACCGUUUCAUUUUUUUCUCUUUCAUUUGGCCUUUGCUUAUAUCUAAUUAUCCCUUUUUAUCUUUUUUUU